AUGAAAUCUACCUCAAACAAGCCAUUCAUCCCUUAACCAGGGCAGCUUAACGUAGGGUAAAAUGGAGUUUCUAACAGCGAGAAUGUGUCUUAACCUCAGCCAUAAUAUACAUAAAAGAUCCAAGUUAUCCAACAUACUGCUCCCUCCGAAGGCGGAGCUGAGCCCUCUCCUUCUGCUAACUAGGCCUCUACCCAUGCACCCUCAUAAGCUACUACUACUUAGCAACCUGAUACAUUAAGUUAGAACUCUUCAUCGCAAGCACAAAAUUAGCAAUAGCAAGUCCCUACAACCCUUGCUUAAGCUCAAGCAGUAUUAGCUGCCACUGCAGCUGCUGCUGGCUAAAUUAGUUCACCUGCAAUAAAUCCUAACCAAGAGCAGACUCAUUCUUAGGUAAACUAGUCUCUUGAUGAAAAACUUCUAGGUUAAAACGCUGCCGCCGCAGCCGCAAUAGCUGCUACCAUGAAUGGACAGAUGCAACUAGACCAUGCAGCUAUCUAAUAGCUUAUUCAGUAGAGUCUUUUACCCUAAUAAUAGUAAAACUAGCAAAAUUAAUAAUAGUAACAAUAAUAGCAGUAAUAGCUAUAGUAAGCCCAAGCCUAGUAGUAAUAAUAGCAUGCACUUGCAGCAGCAGCCGCAGCUCAGCAAUAAUAGUUUUUAUAAAUAUAACAGCAAUAAGCUCUCCAAGCUCUAAACUUGCAAAAUCCAAACAUUAGCGAGUAGCAAAUGCGCGCUCUUUUGACUGAGCAAUUUAAUUUAUAGUAGCAAACUUAGCAACCUCUUUAAUCUAAUUUACAAACAGCUAAUCACUAAUAACUUCUUAAUUCUCUCGUUCCUUAGUUGCUCAAUAAGCCUAAUGGGUUCCCAAAUAUUAUCCCUCCUCUUACUCAACAAGCCUAGCUUUAAUAAUCGCCUUAAAGCUAAGUGUAAAACCCUACCCAAUUACAGCAAGAUAGUGCUGAUAAAAAAAUAAAAGUAAAGUCAGAAAAUAUUCAAGGCUAGGGCGUCUAACUGAAUGGAAAUUCCCCACCUCUAGGAGCCAACAGUAUACCUUCCCAAAAUCUAAUAGGAAGCAACCCUUUGAAUCCCCUCUCAUAAUAGAAUGGAGCUACAAAUGGAGCAAACGGCAAUACCAAUAACAAUAAGGCAACUGUUUGCACACAACCUAUAGACAACUGCAAUGUAGUAUCAUCUAUUGGAAUGAGCUAAAUAAACUAACCCUAGACAGAUAAAAGUAAGUGGGAAUGGAUGCCUUGCACAUUUUAUAUCAAGCAAAAUAUUGAUGAUCGCACUAUAGUUUGGAGUUUAAAACCCAGUGUUGGUUUUGGCAGUCCAAGAUAGGAUGGAUCCUCUCCAAAGACAAACAUGACAAUAUGGAUGGAAAGAAAUUUCAUUUAUGAUGAAGAUAUGGGCUGGAAUUGGCACAAGAGUUGGAUACUUCCUAAUCUAUGUGUAAAGUUAGAGAUUAUAGACCCCAAAACUAAUGAGAUCUUCAAUCCUCCAAAAAAUACUUUUGCGUAAAUCUAUGCAGUCAAAGCAGCGACUAAAGAUAUUUCGAAUUUCCACAUAGUUGACAUAGGCUUGAAAGGCAACGACAAGAUUCCUCUUGAAAGUGGAACAGUGACCUUUAACGCCAUAAAAUUCACCUCAACUUCUUACAACAAUGAUGGUAAUAAAUUUAAUUUAGUAGUCGCCAUCACUUUGUAAAAUGAAAAUGAUCCUCACCCAAAGGUAAUUGAAGCUAAAAUUUCCCCUCCUAUUUUCGUUGAUUCAAGAAAAUCAGCUCGUGAAACCCAAACAACAAAGUAAGACGUUAAGGUUAAUAGCUUCUAUGACUUAUUCUUACCUGAAAUAUUUGACAAGUAACUCGUUAAGAGAAAAAAAACAGAAAAAGAAUAGGUUUCCGAAGAAAUUAAGAAUGAUAUCACUGGAUUUACCAACUAUUUUACUGCUCCCAACAUCAGAAACAAAGUUAAGCACCCUUUCUUUUUGGCAUAUAAAUUCUCAAAGUGUGUUAAAUUGUACUAUAACACUGACCAGUACAAGCAUAGUAGCACUGAAUAUAUUGUAGAAAGAACCCUUGAAAUUUUGCAAGAUUAUGGAAAAUCAAAGAAUAAUGGCUCAUCUAAAAACAAGAAAUAAACAAACAGCUUUGAUAAAGUCAAUUAAAAUGCUUAUAUUACACUUGCAUUAAAUGUCAGCUAACAAAGUAAUUUCUACAUGAACAAGAAGAUAGGAGAACUUCUUGGUCCUCUUGAUAACUCUAUUGUAAAUGUUAUUUUUGAAUAAAACUUUAUCCCUGAGAAAUAUUCACUUGUGAGUGAUAUUGAAGGCAUCAAGAAUGAAUACAUCCGCUGCUAUAAUAAUAUCAUUCAAAAAUCUAAUUAAGCUGGUCCUAGAAUAGGAUAAGGAGGAAGUAAACUCGAAUAUGGCCACAAAAAAGUUAAAACAGAUGACAAUAGUGAUGGUUCCUCAGGCUCUGGAGGUGAUGACGAAUCUAAUCAAGUCAGUUCAUUAAAUCCAUCAAACAUUUAAGAAUAAAUUAAACAACAGUAGAAUGCCAUCUAAUAAUAAAUAUUUGGUGGUAUUUCAUAAGAUCCUAAUAGCUAAUUAAAUCUUUAAACCCUUUAACAGCUUGUUUAGAACUAAUCUGGUUUAGCUGCUUUAGGAACAAACCCAAUGCUUAAUCUUACUUUAUAAGCUUAACAGUAAUAAUAAUAACAACCAUAGCAAUAAUAGUAAUAGUAGUAGGCUGCAUAGACUCCUUCUAAUGUUCAAGAAUAAUUAGCUAAACAGUAGUAGUAGCUGCUUGCUGCAUAAAAGCUCUCAAAUAAUACCUCUGUUCAUUAAGCUUAAUAAGGUGCUAAUGUUUCUGCAAGUUCAGCAUUUGCUUCCUUAAAUAAUCCUUUAAGCAUAUUAUAAGCUGCUUAACAAGCACAAUAAAAACCAGCAUAAGCAUAAUAAUAAAAUCCUGUAUAAUAGACUUAAUUACUUUAAGGAGUAGGUGCUUAGAAUAACACUCAAUAGCAGCUUUAAUAGCAAAUGCUCCAAUAACUUCUUCUUCAAAAAGAUCUAUAAUAGCAACUGAUUCAAAACCCUUAACUAUAACAAAAAAAUAACAUAAAUAUCAGCUCAUUAAUACAAUAAUUAGGAUAUCAGGGCUAAUAAUAAGGUUAAGUUUAGAACCCUCAAUUAGCAGCAUCACUUAAUGCUGCUCAUUAACUACAAUAAGUAGCUUCAUAGCAAUAACCUUUACAAUAAUAACAAGCUAUUUAGUAACAAGUGUUGUAAUAAAUUUCGACAUAAUUAUAACUAGAAAUGAGCAAAAUAGCUACAUAGAUUAGCACUCUAGGAUAAACACCUGAGCUUCUACAGUAAUUUAAUGGUUAUCAAAAUCAAUUUUAACAAAUAUAAUAAUAACUUCUGUAAUCGUAAUAAUAAUCUUAAUAACAAGGUUAACAAUAAUAAACAAUUAAUGCUGCUUAAUAGUAAUAAUAGUAGUAAUAACAAUAGCUUUAGUAACAUAGAUAGUAACAACAAUAGCAGUAAAAUCAAUAACAAUAAUAAUAGUAGCAAUAACUUAAGAAUUUCUCUUUACUUCAAAAUUCUAAUUAAACUCUUAGUUAAGCAGCUGCUUUAUCUGGAGUAAACCCUAUUCUCUAGUUGUUACAACAAUAACAAACCCCUUAGUUACAAAAUUAAUUAGCUGCUGCUUCUGAUAAAGGAGGUUCCUUGCAGUAAUAACAAUUAGCUUAACUCCUAUCAGGUUAGUAAAACGCCUUGUUCUAAAAUGCAGCAGCUGCUCAAUAAUUACAAUCAUCUCAAGCUUAGCAACACGCUGCACUAUAAAACCUUUUAAAUCCUGUAUCGAAUAAUUAAAAUAUCCAAUAAUUAUUAUAAUAACAGUUUGCUGCUUAACAAUAACAGCAAUAAUAAUAAUAGAUGAAUUAACAAUCACAACAAGGAAAUGCAGCACAUCAAAUCUUACAUUAACAACUUCUUCUCUCCAAUCCUUCUUUACUCUAACAAUUUCUAUUGACUCAAGGAGCUGGACUUUCUUCCUUAGCCAAAACAGAAUAGUGA